AACAGUCAUUUCUGAAAGGCAGGCAAAUGAGUGCUAGAAAUACAGGUUUCGCUGAUGAAGUAGUCUGCUGGGUCUUAAAAGCUGCCAGUUUAGGUAUGUUGUUAUGUAAUGAUAUGACAUACAUACCGUACACUUCAUAAGUGUUGCCUUAGGGUCGAAAUAUUUUGAGGGGCCACUGUAGAAUAUCAGUAUGUUUAGUCCUAAUCCUCUGAGCCUUCCAUGAUUAAAAGGUUUCCACACAGACAUCAUCUCUCCUCGUCUAUUAAGUAAUCAUGAUGCACGUAUUUUAAUUAUCAUGUAAUGCAACAUCAUCUGCUCUUUACGCUUACAUAUAAGACUCCUCAAUAUGCGGCUACAUGAAAGAUCACAAUGCAUACGUCCGUUUCCCUACGGCAACCUCCAUAUCUCCACAGAGAGAGUCUGUGACGCAAGUGUCUGUGACAACUUUCCACAUCAAUCAUGACAGGACGAAGCUUGGAGGUCAGGUAUCUCUCACUAUUUUUAACAGAAUUUCAAAGAAAUGUCUGGGAUUCAGCUCAUUGCAACACACAGGAGAGGAGAUUGUUCCAUGCGGCUGAUGUCAUCCCUGGUGCCUUCUUCUUAAAUUGGUCAAAAGUUAGGGGGCAGGAUUACUGAUUGCUUUCCUCUGAGAAGAUACAGUGAUUCAGAGUUAGAGACACAGAGUCCCGACUCACUGGAGGGACAGUACAUGUCUGGUAGCCAGAGAAGAGAGAUUAAAGGAACAUUGAAACUAAGGCUGCAGUCUCCGUUGCCUAUGUCGUGCCCGUCUCCUUCGCUCAAUGACAUGCCUUUAGGCCGCAAGCCCCCCUCUCACCGUUACAUUUGCACCAAGGUGCUGCUGGCCGAGGGCCGAGAGUCACCGUUCACCGAACACUGUCGAAACUUUGAGAAGAGCUACAGGGUUCUUCAUACAGAGGUCCAGAAGCUGAAGGAUGAGGUUCAGGAGCUGCACAGAGACCUCACGAAGCAUCAUUCACUUAUUAACACAGACACCAUGAAUGAUAUCCUGGAAAGGUCUUUGCUCAUUGAUGAACAGAUCGCGUCUCAGUAUUCUGCAGUGCAGACUCAAAGGGCUGUGUUUGAGGAGAUAUGGGAUGUGACCUUUCAAAGAGUAACAAAUGAGCAGGAGAUAUAUGAAGCGCAGCUUCAUGACCUUCUGCAGCUGAAGCUGGAAAACUCUUAUUUGACAACCAUUGCACGACAGAUCGGACCUUACAUCCUAUCCAUAGCAAAAGUUAAAGAGCGUCUGGAACCCAGGUUUCAAAAGCCGUAUAGUCCUGAGGAUGAUAGCAUAGACACUACAGUACAGAUCAAUGAGGUGAUAAACAGCAGCAAUAAGAAGAGUUCCUCUGCAGUGUAUGACUCAAGCACAGACAGAUGUGUUAUCCUGCAGCCUGAUGGGAUGUUUAAAAACGAGCAGUGACUCAUGCCGGCAAGGAGAACAGAGGAAUAUUUCAGAGACCUCCUGUUGCAAAGACCUACCGCUAUAGAUCUGCAUGUUUGGACAAUGGUGAACAUUAAUGGCAAUCAUGGCAACACAUGCACAUGGAGUAGCUGGAAGGAUGUGGAUGGUGUUAUCUCCUUUGCUAAGUCCUUUGCGAAAGAAUAUUUGAGUUACUGAAGGUGCCAUUGUUUUGUGGACUGAUAGAUUAUGACUUUUCUGUAUAGACUGUUAAGAGAGUAUACUGUAAAUAUAUUAUGAUUAAAAAUAAAAUGUUGAUUUUGCGUAUAUGUUUCUACAUACCUGUCUAGGUUGUGUGUGGUCAUUAUGAACAUGCUUAGUGAAAGCAAAUAAUGUAAUAAAA